AUGGGGUUCUUUUCAAGACUAAGAUCUGACAAGACAGCCUUACAACCACCACCACCACCUGAUCUGAAAGGGAAAGGUCAUACUAGACUGUCAUUUAGAUCCAAUUCAUUUACAGGAAGCGAAUUCCUGUCAACUGCAUCUGACUCAUCUCAUACUUCAUCUGAAUCUAUGGGAUUUAAUUCUUCAAACCAGCAACAACAUCAUCAAUCAAAAUCAUCAAAAUUUUCAUCUAAACCAAAGACUGAAACUUCUUCAACUGCAUUUCCUUCAACUCCAAACAAAAAGAAAUUCCUUCAAAGACCUCAAUCUGAAAUAGUCACUAGUAAACAACAAUAUAGUCCAAUACCAGUAGGAAAAUUACGUAGUUCAAAGGAAUUACCAACCCCUUCUAAACAUAGAAGUCCAAGUCGUAAACCUCCAACUGACGAUUUCAUAGAUAGUCCAACACCGCAACAAAACUCUGAUCCAAUGAUAAACAUAAACAAGUUAAGAACAUCUCCAUUGCUUCCAAUGUCGCCUUCACAACAACAACAUGAUGCUCAACAAGAAUUUAUUGAACCGCUACCAAGUCGCAUUCCUAGAAAGAAAUCACCGUUAUCUCAAGUGCAUACAGAACAAAUGGAUUUUUCUCAAGAUUUCCAAUAUAAAACAUUAAGACCUUCAACUCCUAAACAACUGCUGCUUUCUCCAAAAACACCCAAAAAUCCAAUUGUUGAAAUUCCUCAGCCACCUUUUGCAAAUCCACAUCCAAUAAAUGGUCUGGAAAACUCAAGUCCAACGUCUCAAUUCAACUUCAAUCCUGCUUCAUCAUCUGCUUAUUCACAAUCUCAACAAUUUUCAUCUCAAAAGCCAGCUGCUAGACAAGGCUCGAACCCUAGUGAAGGAGGUGACUCUUCUGAAGAAGAUCUUCGGAGUUCUGUUUCUACAUUACCCCCAACUCAACAUCCAUAUUAUGAACAAUGGAAACAAUAUUACGAAACUUUAGCUGCUCAAUUUGCACAACAACAACAACAAGCUAAUGGUGACAACUCCCAAGCACCCCCAGUUAAUCCAAUGAUGUUUAUGCAAAUGCCAUUUGUGUACAAUCCGUUUGCACCUCCCCAUGGAAGUCCAGGUAAUGGAAUGGCAACAAUGAACUAUCUGACUUCACAAUUACCUGAUCCAGCACUUAUGUAUCAACAACAACAGCUCUUCCAUUCUCAAUCACAAUUAAGUGGUUCUUCAUAUCCAAGUCUGGCCAUCCAAUCUCCUAUUGAGGGCGUACGUCCACAAUUUGAAUUCCCAGAACAACCGCAACAUGAUUAUUUAACUUCGUAUAAGAAAUCUAAGAAUAUGCAAACUGAAAUCAUCAAUGAAGAUAAUGAAUUAGUUUCCAACUCAAGAAAAUCAACAGUUAAAUCUAAUAGAUAUCCUUCUGCUCCAUCUAGUUUUAUUAGAAAAGACGUUACUAACAUUGGUAAUCAUAUGAGAGUUUCAUCAGUUGAACUGAAUUUCAAACCAAAUGAAUUCCAAAUCUAUGAUGAAGAGGAUGGUGAUAGUGAUAAAAGUAGAUCUGUUUCAUAUAGUAGCACAGGAUUCUCUUCUCCUUCUGAUAGUACUGGUUCAAUUGCAAAAUUACUGCAAAUGAGUUUAACUGAUAGAAAAAGAGAAUUAUCAAGACAUAUUUCCGAUUAUAAUAAAUUUUUAUUUGGAAAUGGGGAUGAGGAUAGUGAAUCCGAAGAAGAAUUAGGAAAUCAUAACAAAACAAAAGAUUCUCAGAAUGACGAAGAUAAAACUUUAAUUGCUGAUAAGGCUCCACCUGUUGAUCAUCAAUUACCAACUCCAACUUCUGAAGAUGGUUUAAGUGCCAAGGACUCUUCAAAUUCUGUUUCCGAAACUUCUUCAGUCAAUUCAAUUCAAAGUGAUGGUCCUGAUAAAUUCAUUGUAGGUGAAUUAAAACCAAAAGUUAAAUCACCAAAUAGAAGACAAUCAAAUGUUUCUCCAGCAACGGUACGUGAUGUUAAGAAGGAAGCUAAACCGGUAGUGAAGGGAAAUAGCGUCUAUUCAUCAUAUCCGUAUAAUACUAGUGUGACUAGUUUGACUAUGGGUAUGCCACCUCCACCACAAUCCAGAAGUAUGGAACCUGUGUAUAUGGCCGCUUCUUAUUCUAACCCAAUGUUAUCAGUACCAACUGAGUAUAAUGGAAGUACUACUAGUUUCGGUCAUAAUAGAAGACAAAGUAUUGCCACUGCUGAAGCCAAAAGAAGAUCAAUGAUUGGUCUUAAUGGAUAUCUUGAUGCUCCUGUGAUUAAUAAGAGAAAUAGUAUGCCAAUGUUUGGUGCAUAUCAACAACAACCACAAGCUCCAAGAAUUACAGAACCAAUUAUUGCUAAAAAGAUUCAAGAUUUUAUUAAGUUACGUAACGUUAUUGCGUCUGGAAAUAAAACAAUUGAAUAUAGAUUAUAUUGGGUUAAGAUGUUGGUUACUGCUAUUAAUUACAAACUUUAUGCAUAUAUUAACAUUAAAGGUGAUCCAAUUCAACCUGAACAAGGUCCAAGUAAUAAACUUCUUUUCAUCAAAUCUAUGGAAACUCAACUCACUAAAUUAUUAAAAGAAUUUGAGAGUGGUAGAAUUGAAAGGGAAGGUGUUGAAUCUGAACUUUAUUUUGUUUAUGCAUCAUUAUUAAAACAAGAUUUUGUUGCAUCUCAUAAUCAAGAUUUUGGAUUUGAAAAGGAUGCUGUUAGGGCUAUUGAAUAUUAUGAAAAAGUUUUAGAAGUUAAUCCAAAAGAUUUCAAAGCAUUAUAUAAAAUUGGUGAAAUUCAUGAAUAUGACUUUGAAGGUCAAUUUGAAAGAGCAGUGGAAUUCUAUACUGAAGCAGCAAAAUUCGGUUAUAAUAGAGCUAUUUUCAAGAUUUCUAUGCUUUAUUUACAUGUGCCUGAACUUAGAUCAGUUAAGUUUUUGAAAUAUUUACACGGGUUGUCAAAUAUUGAAUUAAAGGAUGUUAGAUUAGAUGAAGAAGAUUUUGAAGAAAUGCAAGAAAUUGUUGGUUUAGCAAGUUAUGAAUUAGGUAGAAUAUAUGAAGGACUUUAUCCUGGUGAUUUAUCAAUGGAAGAUGAUUUCAUUUUAAGAUCAGUUGAAAUUGCUCCAGUUAAUUAUGCCAAGAGUUUGACAUAUUAUAAUAAAGCUGCUAAACUAGAUUGUUUAUUGGCUCAAGUUCGUUUAGGUAUAGUUUAUGAAAAGGGAGAAUUAAACCGUCAACAAAAUCCAAAUAAAUCAAUCCAAUGGUUUAUCAAAGCAUCUUCAUCUCCAUUAUCAUUCAAGAGACAUCCUGAAGCAAUGAUUGGUUUAGCUAGAUGGUAUUUAAGAGGAAGCGAUGGACUGAACAAACAUAUUCCGGUUCCAGCUCCUGAAAAGGCGGUGAUCUGGUGUGAUCGUGCUAUUAAAGAGUUUAAUUCCGCAGAUGCAAUGUUUAUGAUGGGUGAGUUAUCAGAAAUGGGAUUCACUGGUUCAAACCCCCAAACUUGGUACAAGAAGUCAUAUGAUAUGGGUUUUGAACCUGCAGCUGAGAAGUUGGGACUUGUUGAAUAG